CACUUUACGCACGUAUUAAUAUAAAGCCGCAGGUGAGAUCAUGUACUGCCAGAAGCACAAAUGAGGCUAUAUGGAUUUCCGCAGUGAUUGUGAGUCAAUACCCUGUGCGCGAGCGUGCGUUAUGUGUGUGUUGUGAGUUCUUGUGUUGUGAGAGGACAGACAGAUGCUUUGCCAGUAAUUUCCACGGUGCCCCGGUGCGUUCAUUGGUGCAUCCCUCCAACGUGUCACCCGUUUUGGUGGAUUACCACAGAUAUCUUCACCAUCAGGAGGAGUGAAACACCACUCCGUUUUCACAGCUCCUGUCUUCACGGUGUCCAGCUGCUGCCAACACACAUUUGGGAAACUUGUGGUUUCCCAAAGAAGAACUCAGGGAAGAGGAUUAGAAUUUUUUUAUUCGUUGUUUACGCACGUCGAGUGCAACAAUGCAUUUGUUUACUUCAGAGUCAAGGACCAGGUCGUCUUUUUCAGUCUCGGUUUUUCUUUUUUUGACACCCUUGCUGCUAAAGGGUCUCUGGGUCAGUGGCUCCCCGGGCUGCGCGUCCUGCGGCUUGUCGGGGAUGGACAAAGAGGCAGAGGAACGGCUGAUGAUAGAGUUCGCCAAGCAACAACUUUUGGACAAGCUGCACCUGAAAGAGAGACCAAACAUCACUCAGACGGUUCCCCGUGGGGCGCUACUCACGGCGCUGCGCAAACUGCACUCGGGGCGCGUCAGACAGGACGGCACCCUUGAACUAGAAAAUAACAUACCAGCCAAAGAUCAAGGCUAUGAAAUAGUGAGCUUUGCAGAUAUAAAUAAGGCAGGGGAUGGUGAUAAGGCAAGUCUUAGCCUUACCUUCCAGUUUCUACAGGAACAUGGCCAAAGUAUCCAGGUCCUCCAAUCAUCACUGUGGAUCUAUGCCCGCUCCUCUGAAGACCCUCACCGGGACUCCCGUCUCCUUGCCCGUGUCUUCCUCACUGCAGAUGAUGGGCUCUCAGGCUCUAAUCGCACCCUGGUGAUAGAAAAGAUGCUGGAUGUCCAGGAGAGUAAUUGGCACACUUUCCCCAUUACCCGCACCCUGCAGACCUUCCUGGACGGGGGCCAACGGCGCCUACGGUUGGAGGUCAGCUGCGAAGAAGAUGGGAAGAACCUUUGCUCCCUGGAUGCCUCAGUAGACACCCCCAACCAGCCCUUCCUGGUGGCGCAGGUGCGUCUCCGUGAAGACCACUCCAAACGCUCACUCAGGAAGCGCUCACUGCGCUGUGGCGCUGAUGUAACUGUGUGCUGCAAGAGAGACUUCUACAUCAAGUUCAAAGAUAUCCAGUGGGAUGAGUGGAUCAUUGCACCUGAAGGCUACCAUAUGAACUACUGCAUGGGCCAGUGCCCCCAACAUCUCGCUGGAUCCCCAGGAAUAGCAUCCUCCUUCCAUGCCACCGUCUUCAGCCAGCUCAAAGUCAACGGCAUUAACACAGCUACAACUUCAUGUUGCAUUCCCACAGAGCGCCGACCACUUUCCAUGGUCUACUUCAACUCUCAGCACAGCAUUGUUAAAACUGACGUCCCUGACAUGAUAGUGGAGUCCUGUGGAUGCACAUAAAGGACAGAAUUUAGAAGACAUGGUUAACUUAGAUGUUUUGUGUGUGUGUGUGGUAGACUUAAAGACAUAGGAAAACACACAUGAACAGUGUAGACACGUCUACAGACAUCUGUGGUACUUUUCCACACAUGACUACAGGCUACAAAAUGAGAAAGAAGUAUUGUAAACAAAUACAUUCUGAGCAAUAUAGAUGCUAAAUGCUUCAUUUCAUAUUUUUUUCCCAAAAAGGAAUCGAUUUUUUUUUUACUAGUACUUUUUAAAAAAAUAGGAAGCACUAAGUUUGUUUUGUCACUAAACGGUAUGUAGUAUGUGUUUUUCACAAAGAUAGAAAAUAAUGAUGCACACAUUCUGUUCCAAAUCAAGAUUAGACUGCGGAAAUUACAGGCACAAAGAAAAAGAAAUCAUUAUUUUAAGUAUGGCCACGGCAGUCCAGUAUAUGUUAGUGACAAAAGUUGCAAAAAAACAAAAAACUGACCACUUCAAAUUCUAUUUUAACAAUACUAUUCAUCAUUCACAGUCAUUUUUAUUUAUUUAUUUUUGUUUUAUUUUAGUAAAGAGCAGGUUGUAAAUAAGAAAACCCACUACUCAGUUUUAAAGACUGGAACAUUUUUCAGUGCUAGAAGUGAGUGAAGCUAAAUAAGUUUAUACAUAGUGUCACAAAUCUUCCUCCAUUUGUCAGAGGCAUAAACAAAGAGUGGAUGGAAACUAAGCAACCUUAACAUAUGGCAGACUCAACACAGAUGAAAAAAAGCAGUGAUUUUAAUGUAAAACAUGUACACCGGUAACAUGUAUACUUAUUUUAUUGAGAAAUCAAUGUAAACUGUUAAUUUAAGUGUCAUAUGUAGCUCAAUAAUUUAGUUUUUCACAAUUGCUGCUGAGAUUCAGUUCAAAGAUGCAGUAAAAUGUUUAAUGGAUCUCAGGAAACUGUGAGCAGAACUGAUGCCAAUUUUAACUCUUUCAAAACUUAAUAUCAUCGUUUCCAGUAUGUUUUGUUAUAGUCACAGUGUCCACAUGUAUAAUAUAUGUGGAAUCUAAAUGCUAUAUUUAAUUUAACUUUUAUAUUUUCAUUGCAAAUUUGCACCUUUCUUUGGUCCACUUAAAUGUUGCCAUUUUAAAGCAAGGCUUUUAAAACGCUAAAAGACACCCUUGAUUUAAAGUGUGCCUUCUUCUGACAAGUGCAACUCGAAGGUUGAAUAUCAAGUCAAAAAGAAGUCAAAAUAACUGACCUUCAGUCUCUCUUUAUUGACUUUUUUAUGUGGACCUUCAUAUAGACAAUUCUUUGUAUUUUGAUCAGUUAAAUUUCCCUCACAUUCAGCAAACACUAUAUUAAAUUGUAAAGUUGUGAUAGCAAGCAGUUCUUAGUACUGUGCAAGAAGCAGUGAACUGAAAUGGUCUGAGCAGGUACAAUCUGUCCUCAGUUCUGUCUCAGUGCAGCCGAUGCUGGACGCAGUGAAUUAUGUUUAAUCAGCAUCUCCACUGUAUUAUUUACACAAGCAAUCAGUUGGGUAACUGUGGCUCUGACAGCAUACGAACCCGAGGUCACUUCUCAGCAGCGUGAGCAAACAUUUAGCUAUUGCUUCAGUGUCAGGUAAUGUGAAGGUCUGUGAGGUAGUUGGGUCAAUGAGCAUGUGGUGUUGCACGUUGGCAUUUAUAGCUCUCAAAGUCUAAAGUGUUCAGGGGUGUUGUAAAAUUAGACCCUUCACAUUUUGAGGUCAUCUAGCUGUAAAUAUGUUUUGAAAGAUGCCAGCAUCAAUUCCUAAAUCACUUAAUAUGAAGCAUUAGUGAAUAAAUAAUGCCCCACAAUGUGAACCUUAACAGUAACUGAGGAUCUACUCACAGCUGGGAAAAAGAAAGCAAAGGAGCACGGUAACAAAUUCUAUGUAAAAACAUUUCAAGAUUCUAUGCCUGGGUAGAUUCUUAGUCAUCUAGGUCAUGGGAAUCUCAGGUAGACGCCAACUUGGACAAACCCAGUUGCCUUCUCCUGAGGCAUUCAGGGUCACUUUAAAAUAUUGGAUUCAGCUGCCAUGUCAAGUCAAAGACUGGCAUCUGUCACCACAUCCCUUUGUCUUUUCCUUUUAUUAAAAGUUAAACCUUUUUAUUGUAUGCCAAGUACAACAUAUUACACUGCUCACACCAAAGACCUUAAGUAUAGAUGUGAGGCCCUGGCCUUGUCUACUUUUCGCCCAUAUUUACACCAAGCACAGCAGAAGUCAAACAGUUUAUCCUCACUGUGUUGGUAAAUUAUAUGUCUUAAGGACCUGGAUUGUACCGCCAUGAUACAAAUUCAAGCUGUACAUUGUAAUCAGACUGUUUUCACCUCUCUCUGUUGCCUCUUAAAGCUAGACUUGUGUCCAUGCAUUAGAGUUUAAACCUGUGUAAGACAAUUUCAACGCUGGAGUUUAUUGUGUGUUUUAUCCUGUGAUCUCUGUCUUGUAAGCACUUCCUGUCCCAGGACUCAAAGAGACAUUGAGGUGCCAUUGUAUCAUAACUUACUAAGCACUUUAUCACCCUACUGUAUUUUUAGAUUGAACUUUGCUGGGUCUAUUACUGUACUCAUAACUCAGGUGGGCGCUGCGUAAAAUGUAAACAGGCCUACAGAAAGCAGAUGUCAAUCAGCUUAUUUACUUAAGCUCUAGUUAUGUUAUAUGUAUUCGCAGAGCAUACAGAUGAUGCCAGAAUUCAUAUAUGCUGUAACUGGUAUAGAAAUGAAGCCAGGAUUUGAAUUCUGUUUCACUUUAAAGUUAUAAUUGUUGUCUUUAUUUUUUUAUAAUAUACUUUAUUUUAUGCACAAUGAAAGAUUUGUAAAAGCAACUAAAUGUCAGGAAAAAUAUAAAGUGCUGAGAUGACAUGAUCACAGUCAAAGUUAUAUUUUUAAUAAAUAAAUUAAUAUUUGAAAUUGAACAAAGUUGUGUUGUAA